ACAUUCCUGUCAUUCCAGCUCUGCGCUUGCCAUCAUUUAACACAACAGCGCGAGCCAGCUUGUAUUCGCCUCAGCCAUUUCGAUUGUAUUGCUUUUGUUUUCGUUCUUUAAAACGUAUUAUGCCAAUAUCUGAAUGCAUUUAAAGGAAUAAGCGUCUUCUGAUUUCGUUUUCCAUUCGCUUUACGUAUUGGAGUGUUUUACCUGGCUUCGGCUAGCAGGCUAACUAUUUUAGCCAUCUCGCGAGUUAAUCGAUACUCCGUGGCUCAAGGAUACGAGGAACACCUCAUGUAUCAUUUCUAAAAGAUUAUGGCAUAUGUGUACACGUGACACAGGGCUGUGAUCUCGGGUUGGACCUUGUGGAUGUUGUGAAAGGCAAAGUGAAGCUGAAGACCAGAUGUUCCUCUGACACAAGCAAAGAUGAUGCCUAUGAUUUUAACGGUGUAUUUGAGUGAUGGGGAGCAGGCCCUGACGGAGGUGCCCAUCACUCCAGAGACGACUUGUCGUGAUGUGGUGGAGUUCUGUAAGGAACCGGGAGAAAGCGGCUGCCACCUGGCUGAGGUUUGGCGUGGAAAUGAGCGAGCCAUCCCCUUUGACCACAUGAUGUAUGAGCACCUGCAGAAAUGGGGCCCCAGAAAGCAGGAGGUGAAGUUCUACCUGCGCCACGAAGACUCGCCCACUGAAAGCAGCGAUCAAGGGAGCCAGCAGUCUCAGGAGCAGCCCAGCAGGAGAGGAGGAAGCAGCUCAGACAUGCACAACGAGAACGGGGUGGGAAAUCCUCGUGUGGAGCUCACUCUCUCAGAGCUGCAGGAGAUGGCCACUCGUCAGCAGCAGCAAAUUGAGGCCCAGCAACAGAUGCUUGUCGCUAAGGAGCAGCGGUUGCGCUAUCUGAAGCAGCAGGAGCGACGGCAGCAGCAGGCUGUGUCAGAGACCGAAAAACUACAGAGGCUGAAGGAGAGGGUGGAGAGUCAGGAAGCCAAACUCAAGAAGAUCCGUGCCAUGAGGGGCCAAGUGGACUACAGCAAAGUCAUCAAUGGCAACCUGUCCGCAGAGAUCGAGCACAUCAGUGGGCUGUUCCAGGAGAAGCAGGCGGAGCUGCAGGCAGCCGUCUUGAGGGUGGAUCAGCUCAGCCAGCAGCUGGAGGACCUGAGGAGAGGCAAACUGAACGGCCUGCAGACCCUCGGGGGUCAGGUCACCGGCAACGCUGCCCUGGAGCUUCGCAAACUCUACCAGGAGCUGCAGAUCCGCAAUAAGCUGAAUCAGGAGCAGAACAGUAAACUUCAGCAGCAGAAAGAGCUGUUGAAUAAGAGAAACAUGGAGGUGACACUGAUGGACAAGCGUAUCAAUGAGCUCAGAGAUCGACUGUACAAGAGAAAAGCCGAGUUGAAUAGAGCAAAUGGUCCUCCCUCUCCACAGCCUGCUCAUGGAAACACCGGCCGUGUGGCUGCCGUGGGACCUUACAUCCAGGUCCCAGUGCCAGUCAGGCAGGAGGGUUAUGCAGUGCCUCCUGAACCCCUCAAACCUCAGUCACUGGGUGUCAACACCCCAGCUAACCAUGCCCGCUCCAAAUCAGAUGGCGUGAGAAAGCCUCCCGGUCCCUGGAAGGUCUCUGAUUUAGACAUCAUAGUGGACCCGAUUGCUCCACCUCCUCCAGAGCCCCGCCCAGGCCCUGGGGCUCCACCCCCAGUCACCUGCUCUGCGGCAGGGUCGGACGGCGCUUCUCCUAAUGAUGCUGGUUGGCCCACCCUCAACAAGAGCAACACAUCAGUCAAGCCACCUGACUGGAAGGAGUCUGGAACAGACACGACCAGUAAAACGGCAUCACCUGCAGGCACUCCUGCAGAUAAGAUUCAGGAUUCCAGUAAAAUGGGCUCAGCUCCUCCUCUCAACAAGCCCCAGCCUCCCCCAUAUGGAGCCCAUACCAGCAACCACCCCCUCUCAUCUGCCAACUCGGGUUCCACCAGCUCCUUGGAUCGCCGCAAGGACAUUCCUCUCCGGCCAGUGCCCAGCCUUCCCAACAACCCACCGGCCUCUGCCGCCUGGCCCCGUGUCCCCCCUACACCCACCGGCUCGUCCUCUCAGCAGAUCCAGCAGCGCAUUUCUGUGCCUCCCAGCCCCACCUUCCAGCCUAGUCCACCCUUUUUCCCCCCUGGAGAGAGACCAGACCCUCCUCUAGCUGUAGCAGUAAGGCCGUUCAUCCCAGAUAAGGGCUCCAGACCGCAGUCACCCAGAAAAGGCCCAGCCACCAUGAACUCCAGCUCCAUCUACCACAUGUACCUACAACAAGCAGCCCCAAAGAACUACCCUCUGAACAUCAAGCCUGCAGUCAAAGCAGUAUAUGGUAAGCCAGUCCUGCCUCCCAGCUCUACACCUCCCUCGCCCUUACCAUUCGGGGGCUCUGGGGCCUUUCCAGCCCUGCAGGGUCCCGGGGGUGAUAUGUUGGAUGUUGAGUUGGAACUCGAUGGUCAUUUCAUAGGGGUUCCAGAGCCGCCCCCACCCAGCGUGGACCACAUCCCACGACCUCUCAGCCCCACUAAACUCACACCCAUGGUGCACUCCCCGAUGCGCUACCAGAGCGAUGCUGAACUGGAGGCCUUGCGCAAGAAACUGGCCAAUGCUCCACGGCCACUUAAGAAGCGCAGCUCGAUUACAGAGCCAGAGGGCCCCAAUGGGCCCAACAUCCAGAAACUUCUCUAUCAGCGGUUCAACACCCUGGCUGGAGGGAUGGAGGGAGGAAUUGGAGGUGUGAGUGGAGGUGGAGGAGUGACUCCAUUCUACCAGCCCUCUGUAGCCACAGGUGAAAUGCUCUUUGAUGCAGACAAUGGGAAUCCACCCUCAGAAAUGCCUACCACACCCUCUGAGGGUGCUGUUGCUGAAGACGUUGUCCUGCAAGGUGACGCCAAUGAUAAUGAGCCCCCAGAGCAAGCGGUUGAGAUGCUGACCCCUCCAGCACCAGAAACAUCAGAAGACAAUAACAAUAAUCCUGCAGAACCUUUAGCGAUUUUGCCGAGUCCUGUAGCUGAGGCCAGCACCCCUGAAGAAGCAGACACCUCACCCUCAUCUCAGCUAACGGGCAAACGCACUAACCUAAAGAAGCCCGACUCAGAGCGGACGGGUCACGGCCUUAGAGUGAAGUUCAACCCACUCGCUCUGCUGCUGGAUGCAUCACUGGAGGGCGAGUUUGACCUCGUACAAAGGAUAAUCUAUGAGGUUGACAAUCCCAGCACCCCUAAUGAUGAGGGCAUCACACCCCUCCAUAACUCAGUGUGCGCUGGACACCACCAUAUCGUCAAGUUCCUGCUGGACUUUGGUGUUAAUGUGAAUGCAGCAGACAGUGAUGGCUGGACGCCCCUGCAUUGUGCCGCCUCCUGUAACAGCGUGCACCUGUGUAAGCUGCUGGUGGAGUCUGGUGCUGCCAUCUUUGCCACCACCAUCAGUGAUGUGGAGACGGCAGCAGACAAAUGUGAGGAGAUGGAGGAGGGUUACAUACAGUGCUCACAGUUUCUCUAUGGUGUGCAGGAGAAGAUGGGUGUGAUGAAUAAGGGAGUUGUGUACGCUCUGUGGGAGUAUGAGGCUCAAAGCGCAGAUGAGCUUUCCUUUCAGGAAGGUGACGCCAUUACUGUCCUACGCAGGAAGGACGAUACCGAGACAGAGUGGUGGUGGAGUAAACUCAACGACAAAGAGGGCUAUGUGCCACGUAACCUAUUGGGGCUGUACCCCAGAAUAAAACCACGUCAGAGGUCUCUGGCGUAACCUCUCCUGGGUGACUCACUGGACUGAUGUCUGGAGGUGUUGAGCCUCCAUCUUUCACCUCUAUGUGCCACUUGGACAACAGAAGGGGUGAAGCUGCUAAGCCCUGAACCCGGAGGCACAAUCAACCACGCUACCCACAAACACACUCUCCA